GCCGUCAUCGUCGGCGAUCCUGAUCGGAAAAAUCAUGGACAACAAUCCGAACAGAGCCGAAGCCGAGCGCUUACUCGGAAUCGCCGAAAAGCUCUUAACGAACCGAGAUCUAACCAGCUCACGCGACUUCGCCAUUCUCGCUCAAGAAACAGAGCCGCUAAUUGACGGCUCCGAUCAGAUCUUGGCCGUCGUCGACGUCCUCUUAGCCGCCGAUAAGCGCGUGAACAACCACCACGACUGGUACGCCAUUCUCCAGCUGGAUCGCCGAUCCGACGACCCCGAUCUGAUCAAGAAGUCGUACCGACGGCUGGCGCUGCUGCUCCACCCGGACAAGAACAAGUACGCCUUCGCCGAUCACGCCUUCCGGCUCGUCGCCGAUGCAUGGGCCGUUCUGUCCGACCCGACCCGGAAGCCGGUGUUCGACACCGAGCUCAACCUCUACAGCCCGGUCGAUCUCACCGGCGCGGCCUCAGCUUCCAAUCCGAACAAGCUUCCGGUGCGGCGGGGGCAGAAUGCUCGAAACGACGGCGGCGUUUCGGAGCCGCAGCAGCAAAAUCAACAGAGGUCGAGAUUGUCGAGCUUCUGGACGGCGUGUCCUUACUGUUAUAUACUGUAUGAGUACCCUGGGGUUUAUGAGAAUUGCUGUUUGAGGUGUCAGAACUGUAAGAGAGGGUUCGAAGCCGUGGUGGUUCCGAAUUUGCCGCCAAUGGUGCAUGGCCAGGAUGCCUAUUACUGCUGCUGGGGAUUCUUCCCCAUGGGGUAUGUUGGUGGCAGCUCAGCCAAUAAAGGAAAGGGCAAGGCGGCUGCCGCGGAGGCCUUCCCCGCUUGGAUGCCACCAAUGUUCAAAACGCCUCCGCCUCAGAGUAAAACCCCUGAGCCUUCCAGGGCCUCGCCUGUGCCGCAGCCUACGCCGGUGGCCGCGGCAAGGGGUGAUGGAAUGUUGAAUUUUUCGGGUGGGAACUCAAAUUCGGGGACAGGGACCAAUCCGAGGAAGAGGGGGCGGCCGCGGAAGGUAGUUUAGUUUGGAGGUUUAGAUUAGAAGACCCGGUUGUAAUUGCAUGCAUUUGAUGUUGGGUUUUAGGGUAGGGGAGGAGAGAGAGAGAGAGACAAAUUUUGCUGAGGGGUUUGGAGCUGCUCAGGUUGAAAAUUCGGAAGGUACUCUUGCUGUCUUACUCUUCUUUCUCUUCGUUGUGUUUGUUUUAGAAUGUAAUUGCUUCUUGUAGAUGUGUUAAGUUAUUAAGCUGGCGGCAUUUGUAGAUUUAACUUCUUGUAGCCGAAAUGCUAAGUCGUUCAGAUUUAAACCGCUGAGCUUUAAUCUAUUUUGGUCUUUUGAUCUUCAUAUCGAAUGUACAGGAGCAUGUGUAUGGGAACAUGUUUAGUUGGUUGAUUUAGAUUUUCAUUUUUGUUGGGGUUGAAGGUGGGUACAUUUGAUCAGAAAGUAGCUCUAGGACUAACUACUUUUUUAUUAUUGUGAAGUGGAUCAUUUAAACAUGUUUUCUGU